CGUAGAUGCGUUUGGCUCCAGACCCCAGCCUCGCUGCUAUCCCAGGCUCUCUCUCUCUUGUGGGAGGGCUAAGAUCUAAGGUCCCACUACCGUCCAGGGGCAGUUCCGUAAGGCCCUUUUCUGGGGCGUUUUCCUCCUAUUUCUUCUAAAGCUGACCAAAGCAGACUGAGGAUCCUUGCCUAGAUCCACCCCCCGCCCCCAGCUAUGCCUAAGAAAGGGAAAAAGGCCAAGUUACCCCUGUCCGAUGAGGAGCAGCUGCUUCUGUUUCAGCAGAAGUUGCUGGCAGAGGAGGAGAUGGCCAAGAAGAAAGAGAGGCUCCUGAGCCAGUUCUUGAAGGACAAGCUGGCCAAGGAGGAGCACAACAGUGCUCUGAACCUUAACAAGAUUAACACACAGUGGAGAACCGUCCUUAGGGAAGUCAAGACCAGAGAGCUUCAUAAGGACAUUGAGAUCCUCAGCCAAACAUUUGAACGAGUGGUGGACUGCAAGGACAGUGUCAUCAAGUCUUUAGCCAAGGACCUGUCCGAAGCAGAGGAGCAGUACGCCCAUGCCCUGCGCAGUCACCUGCACAGCAUCGACCAGCUCUUAGCCCUGCAGAGAUGCCGGCUUAACCUCCUAGAGGAAAGUUACAACACGGAGCUGGAGGCCCUAACCAAAGAGUUUGAGACAGAAAGGAAGACAAUUAUUGACCAGCAUGAAAAAGAGAUUCACUACCUACAAGAUGUCUUCAUGGCCAUGGAGCAGAGCUAUAUAGAUUCUGAGUAUGAAAGUAAGCUAGAGUUCCAGAGCAUGUGGGAUGAUCUCAAAAACAAGAAUUUAGAAGAGAAGCAUUUUCUAAGACUGAAACUGGAGAACAUAGUAGAAGAUCUGUGGAGAAGGUUCCAGGAUGCACUCAAGAAUUACACCGAUGCCACAGAGGACCAAAAGAUUGCCUUUGAGACUCUGCAGGUGAAAGAUGAGAAGAGCUCCAAAGAGAUUGAAGCACAGAUGAAAAAAAUACAGAGACUACAGGACUCCAUAAUUAUUUUAAAAAGCAAGAUCAUGGUGCACAGCCGUGAGAGUGAAGACCAGAACCAGUACAUUCGUAAGGACAAGGAGCUGGUCCUUGCCCAACUGCGAAAACUUAAGGCCCAAAGGACUCAGGCCCGGGAACUAUCCCAGGAAAACUUAGUCAAACUCACCUUGGAAAGUAAUGCCACCCUCAAGGCCCUGAGAAGGAUCGUCGAUAAGGGUGAAAAGAUCCUGAAACUUGCUGAAAUAUGUAGGAAGUUUGAAACAGAGGAAGAAAAAGUGCUGCCUUUCUAUUCAUCAGUCUUGACUCCCAAGGAGCAGGAGGAGAUAGAAGAAAUUUACCCAGAGGAGCUUACCGAGCAGCUCGCAAAGGUGAUAGUAAACUACACAGGGAUGGAGAAUUUCUGGAAAAGGUACAACAAAGUGAAACUGGAGCAACUGAGCCUCCAACAUAGACAUGUCCAGUUGUUAGAAAUCAAUGGGAAGUUGCGGGAGAUGCUGAAGCAGUACUUGGAUGGCAUCUCAGUGAGUGACGAAGUGAUGAGCCAGCUCAACCCACUCUUUAUCGUCAACCAUCGAAGUAACUUACCCCAGCCUUUGUCCACACCUACCACCCAGCCAGGUGACAAACCACCUCCAACCACUUACAUCAUUGAAGCAGCCCAUGUGAUCUCCCACAUCCUGUGAUAUAAGGAGAAAAUCGCUUUUCAAACCCCAAACAAUUUUUUGAGAGACCAGAGGACUUUGCUAUUAAAAAUUUCCAUGAGGUUU